GUCAUCCACCUCAUUUUGUCCUUCCCUCCUCUCCACAAGCACUUGAAGAUGCGUUAUAAAAAUAGUCAUUUCAUUGAACUAUUGUGUAUUAUUUCCUCUUUCCACUUUUCUCUUUUGUCACUGCCAUUAAUUCCCAGCAGUUAAACCCUUCUCAUAAUACUUAAAAAUCUCAUUUUUGAACAUUCAUUCAUUCUAUUAGCUCACUUCAAUUAAUUGUCUGCAGAAUUUAUUGCACCAAACUACGUACCUAACUCAUCUUUUUUGUUACUAUUUCACUUUUACUUGAGUAUACCUUCUAAAGGAAUAGCCAGACUUUUAGAGACGACGACAAAACAGAAAAUUAAAAAUGGCCGGUGGUGGAGGUGGAAGAUCGUUGGAGCAAACGCCGACAUGGGCGGUUGCGGUAGUUUGUUUUGUGUUGGUUGCAAUUUCCAUUGUGAUUGAGCAUAUUAUCCACCUUAUUGGAAAAUGGUUGAAGUCUAAAAAUAAAAAUGCUUUGUUUGAAGCACUUGAAAAGGUGAAAGCAG